UCUCAGUUUCUUCGGUUGAAAGUUUCAUCAUCGGAAUGUUCGGUUUGUUGAUGUACAAUUUACGUCCAUAGUGAGUUUCGAAAAAUUUAUAUUUCUAUUGAAAAAAAAAAUGCGAUACCGAUUAAAUUUAAUCGUAAUAGUUUUUAUAAUAAUUCUCAAAGUGAUUUGUUGCGAAGAGGAUGUUAAUGAUGAGAAUUCUACGGAAAACAGUGCAAGAGAAAUGAGGGAAUUUGAACAAUUCGGAUGGAGAACAAUCGACACUUUUCACGACAGCGAUUCAGGUUGGAUACCAAGAGGAGAAAACCGAAGUCCCGACCAAAUACGACCCAAAAGACGAAGACUCAGAAAACGAAAAAGAAGACCACCGAUGGUCGAUAAUCCCGACGAAAGAAUACAAUUCAUCCGAAGACGAAUCCGUCCUUACCGAUUAGAUCCAUGGGAAGAAAUAAAUGAAGAAGAUAUAAAACCUAUAAUACGCAGACGUAAACCACAACGAUUCCAAUCUUCAGAAGAAAUAAACGAAACUAAAAUUUAUACAGACGAAAAAGUUACUACAAAAAUGCCUUUAGAAGAUUUGAAAAAUAUGUUGAAACAACCGGAAGUUAAAGUGACUCUAACGGAAGCUAUAUCAGAACUUUUGAAUGGAAAUGAAAAAUCUACAACCAUAGAAUCCGUUAUAUAUAGAAGAUUACCAAUUUUGAAAAAAGAAAACGUUGUAGAAGAGACCGCAGAAGAUCAAAAAAGAAUAAAAUUCGACGACGUUACUGAAGAAACAACAGAAAGAAGAUUGUUUGUAACUAAUAGUACAAAAAUCGAAGAGGAAGAUUAUAUAAAUGAAUUGAAACGUAGUACAACACCAAGGAUAAUAAGGACAAGACAAAAAUUACCUACAACGAACGCAAAAUUACGUUCAACUACAAAAUCAGUGAUAGAAACCCCUAUACCCGAACCCGUGAAAAUCAACAUAAGCGAGGUGAUCGAAAAUAUUGAAAAUACAACGAAAACAUACACGACCCAAGGACCAAUGAGGAUAUCCAUAGAUUUAGACACAAUCUUUGAUACCAACCUCGAAUCGAAUACUUCCGAAACUUACGUAACCGCGAAAGAAGAACUCAAGGAAGUUAUGGAAGAUCCUAUCAGCAGGGAUAAACUAUCAAAGAUAUUAGAAAUUAGGAAUAUGACGUUGGGGGAGUUGGUAGAGCAAAGAGAAAGAGGUUCCAGUCAACUUCAUUUGGCUGAUAUAUUUCAUAAUAACACUAGAGAACCCGAACCGGAAGAAGAACCCCUCGUCGGUCAUAUCAAUUUUAUCGCGAAUAGACGAGAAAAAAGUUUGAAUAUCGAUUUAACGACCACAUCGGAAUCGGUGGAAACUUUCCCGUGGAAACAGUUAUAUCCGGAUUUAUUCCACGAAUCGAACGAUGUGGAUGAAAUAUUGAAACGAUACGACUCGAAUGACGAAGGUUUUUUCUUAAAUAUACCGGCGGGGAUGAAAUCAGCGUUGUUCGUUAGUUUGGCAAUCAUAGGGUUGUCGAUAGUGGUGUUUUUAGCCAUACUAGUCGUUUUUAAAAUGUUGCAGAAGAAAAGAAAAUCGUUAAAGUAUUGUAGAAGUCUAACGACGAAGUUUAAACCUCCGAUGUUGAUACAAGGUCCACCGACAACUGCUAUAAGAACAUUUAUGAACGAAACUUUGGGUAGGAAGAAAAAUUAUUACAAAAGGAAUUUACAAAGUAUGUCGGACGAAAUUUGGGACACGAGUAAAGAGAGAAAAGAAUCUUUUUAAGUUAUUUGUUUGUUAAUUUAUUUAUUGUUUUAUUUUUUAUUUGUGUAAGUUUAAUUUGUGCAAUAAAGAACUGAUAUAUAAGAAGGUUACUUUUUUUUCAACCUCCGAUCAUACAAUAUAAUAGCCAAGAAUGCAGCAGGUGAUUGGUGUGCGUGUAGUACGCGACUGCACAUUGGUCAGCAGUUAGGGAGACUCGAAAAUUCCCCAUGAGAUCACCCUGUACACAUUUUUGAUAAAAUUCUUUCAAAGUUCAAUUAAAUGCAAUCAAAAUAUCUAAUUCUCUUUCACCAGUAAUACACUUUAAGCUCACAUUUAACAACUAUUUGCUUUAAAUUGGUAAAACCAUUAUUUUAAAAUUAAUAUAUUAAUCGAUCGCUCUGUAUACAUAUUUCUUUGGUAAAAUUCUUUCCAAAUGCUUUUAAAUGCAACAAAAAUAUCUAAUUUGUUCAUCAGUUUUACGCUUUAAGCUCACAUUGUACACCUAUUUGCUUUAACUUGCCGAAAACAUCAUUUUAAAACUAUUUUAUUUAUUUAUAUUAAUAAUUAAUCGAAUAUAUAUAUUUCUUUGGUGAAAUUCUUUCAAACUGCAUUUAAAUACAAACAGAAUAUCUAUUUUUUUCUUCAGUAAUCCACUUUAAGAAACAUUAAACAACUAUUUGUUUGUUUUUUGCAGAAGCAUCGUUUUAAAAGAUAUGUUAUUACCUGAUCACCCUGUAUAUAUCUAUAUUUCUUGGUAGAUUUAUUUAAAAGUACAUUCAAACACAACCAAAAAUACAUUUUUUUCCUCAGUAACGCACUUUAAGCUUAUUUCAAACAUAAAUUUAUUUGGAACUAUGUAAAAACAAUUUAAGUUUUUUUAUUAAUUGAUCUCUCUGUAUAUAAUUUUCUGAUAAAACCAAAGUACAUUAAACUGCAAUCGAAAUAUCCAAUUUUUUGUUCAGUAACUCUUAUUUUAAACAUUUAUUUGCUUCAAAAGUGUGAAAAUAAAAAAAAAUUUUUUUCAAUUGAUGACUCUGUAUAUAUAUUUUGAUAAAAUUCUUCCAAAAUGCAACCAAAAUAUCUAAUAUUUCUCUCAAUAACAAACAACAUAUCAAAUAAUUACCAUUAUGCAAAACGAGUCAUAUUCUAUACUUCAUCAAAUAUCAAUUAUGAAUUAUUAUUCUCAUUUUUCUAAUUUUCGUCGUGUCAAAAUCAACAAAAUUAUCAGUACAAACAAAAACAAAACAUCAUCAUCACGAUUGUAGAUACCAAGAUUUGAGAAAUACUAACUAAGCGAAACUUUCCGAAUACCAGAAGGAUAAUGUUACCCCAAAUGCGCACCUAUACAGUGUCCUACAAUUAUCUACUAAUUUCCUACUACCCCAAUCUGAAAAUACUGCUCCAAACGCCAGAAAAUAAACCACCCGAAUAUCAAUCAUGAUUCCUUUCCAAACACCAGAAAACUGCACUAAAAUAAAUUGUAAAUGGUGCAAAGUUACUAUUAUACAACCACCAAACUCCUGUCCAAUACUUGAACCUGUUUACUGCCCAGAUAUCAACUGUGAUUGAUAUGAAAUAAGUAUCAAACAAGUCAAAGUCGAUUGUAACUACUGUGAAGUUGCCAUAUUUGCGAACCCAUAAAGUGACCAGAAAUUCAAUGCAGUCUUGUGAAAAGUCUCUUAAUACAACCAAAGAUAUUGUUUAUUGUAUGAACCACAAUUUUGUUUUGAUAU